AUGAUGGGCUCGGUGCUGCCCGCCGAGGCCCUGGUGCUCAAGCCCGGGCUGAAGCCCCAGGGGCUCUCGCUGGCCGAGGUGAUCACCUCCGACAUCCUGCACAGCUUCCUCUAUGGCCGCUGGAGAAACGUCCUGGGCGAGCAGCUCUUCGAAGAGAAGAGCAGCCCCAAAACGGCUUUCACGGCCGAGGUCUUGGCUCAGUCCUUCUCUGGAGAGGUGCAGAAGCUCUCCAGCCUGGUGCUGCCGUCGGAAGUCAUCAUUGCCCAGAGCUCCAUCCCCGGCGAAGGGCUCGGCAUCUUCUCCAAGACCUGGAUCAAGGCUGGCACUGAGAUGGGACCGUUCACGGGUCGGGUCAUCUCGCCGGAGCAUGUGGAUCUGUGCAAGAACAACAACCUCAUGUGGGAGGUCUUCAACGAAGACGGCACCGUGCGGUAUUUCAUCGAUGCCAGCCAGGAGGAUCACCGCAGCUGGAUGACCUACAUCAAAUGUGCCCGGAAUGAGCAGGAGCAGAACUUAGAGGUGGUCCAGAUCGGGAACAGCAUCUUCUACAAGGCCAUCGAGAUGAUUCCUCCAGACCAAGAGCUGCUGGUCUGGUAUGGGAACUCCCACAACACCUUCCUGGGCAUCCCAGGAGUGCCAGGGCUGGAAGAGGAGCAGAAGAAGAACAAACAUGAGGAUUUCCACUCGGUGGAGCCCGGGGCCAGCACCACGGGGCGGAUGCGCUGCGUUAUCUGCCACCGGGGCUUUAACUCCCGCAGCAAUCUGCGCUCCCACAUGCGGAUCCACACCCUGGACAAACCUUUCGUCUGCCGCUUCUGCAACCGCCGCUUCAGCCAGUCCUCCACCCUCCGCAACCACGUCCGCUUGCACACCGGCGAGCGGCCCUACAAGUGCCAGGUUUGCCAAAGUGCCUACUCCCAGCUCGCCGGGCUCCGAGCCCACCAGAAGAGCGCUCGGCACCGGCCGCCCAACGCCUCCCUGCAGGCUCAUUCACCAGCCCUGCCCGUGCCCCAUCCCGCAGCCCUGGCACAUCACAUCCCCACCAUGGUGCUGUGA